AUGACUUCUCAACUAACAAAGCAUCUACCAACAAAAACAAUCGAAAAACACGCCUGGCCGCACAUACAAGGUCUCUUCUUGGCUGAUUCUAAAUUUAAUCAGUCAAGUAGAAUAGACAUGCUUCUAGGUAUUGAAGUAUGUGCUGAAAUAUUGAUAGGUGAUAUUAUAAGAGAUCCUCCUGGUUCUCCAUGUGCACUAAAUACAAAACUAGGCUGGAUAUUCUUUGGAAACAUUGCACAGCACACAGCUUCAGAGGAAUUUGUGACCACUCAUCAUCAUGUUGAUGUAGAAAAUAUGUUGAAGAAUAUGUGGGAAAUAGAAACUUCUGACAAAAAUGAAUACACUAAAGAAGAAAAAUUAUGUGAAGACUUAUACAAUUCAACAUAUUAUAGAACAAAAGAUGGAAAAUACAUCGUACAAUUACCAAAGAAGACAGCAACUCUAUUAUCAACAGAAGGAGAAACACGAAAUAUAGCUAUGAAAAGAUUGCAGAUGUUAGAAAAGCGUUUUACCAAGGAUUUGAAAUUAAAAAAAGAAUAUAUCAAGGUUAUAAACGAAUAUUUAGAGAAGAAUCAUAUGGAAGAAGUCCCAAAUAAUGAAAUAAAUAAACCUUCCGUAUAUUUACCACAUCAUCCAGUUAUACGAGAAGACUAA